AUGUUGGGACUCGUGUCUUUAUCUCUCCUCAUCAGCGCCUGCUCGGCUGCUCCCAACAGGGCCAACCCAAGCAACCAACUGCCCAACUUUAUCAAUCAGCUGCAGCAGUCGCUACGCAGCGUCGACUGGAACAACCCUCCCUUCACCGACGGGUCCAAGCUGAAUGAGUACACAUGUCCCGCUCAUGCGUUCGAAUGCACAACGACGGACUUCUGGCAAAGGCAGACAAUCUCGUCUCUUCCCAGCCACGUCACCGUCUCAACAGAGAUUCACACCGACGCAACGCUCAUAAAUGACGGCACAAAAGAUGCCACAAUCACGUCGUCUUCCUCUACGGCCGUGGCCCUGGGGACAACCAAGGGCUGGACCAUUGGCGCAAAAGCCUCUCUCAGCUCGCCAGACAAGAUCGGCAACGCUGAGCUGUCCGCCUCCUACAGCGACACCUCCACCUCUACGACGACGGAAACAAAGACGGUGCAGUAUGGCGCUGUCUGCCCUGCGGGCAAGACAUGCCGCAUCCAGACUGUUACUUUCCAGGCCCGUCUUGAGGCUUACUGCAAGCACGAGCCGAUGCUCGACUGCAGGGUGCCAGUCAACGUCUGCAAGCGUCCAACCGGCAUAUUGCGAUGCCAGCAGUAUGUGGAUUACUACAACAGGAACUGCGUCAGUCCUCCCUCCGACUCUCCUUGCCAUGUCGACGUCCAAGUUCGGGCAGACGAUGGAAAGCUCCUCACGCUCGUUAUCAUUACCGAGGAGUAG